UCUGAUGGGCAUUUGGUUUGCGAAACUUUGGCGAAAGCUUUAUCGAAUCCAAGAACUUAAGAUAUGUAUGAUUGGCCUUGAUAAUGCUGGAAAGACAACCAUAUUGUAUCGUCUUCAUUUGGGUGAUGUUGUCGUGACGACUCCCACUAUUGGCAGUAAUGUAGAACAAGUGAAAUGCAGAAAUCUUCUCUUUCAGGUUUGGGACUUGGGGGGACAAGAUAGCCUUCGUGAAGCUUGGCAAACUUAUUUUGUCAAUACUCAAGCUGUUAUUUUUGUGAUAGAUAGUUGUGAUAGAGAAAGAUUCGAUUUGGCUAGAAAGGAGUUAUUGAGAGUCUUACGUUUUGAGAAUCUUUCAAAGGCUGUGAUAUUAGUUUUUGCUAACAAACAGGAUAUGAAACAAGCAGCUUCGGCUGCUGAAAUUAGUGAAUCACUUGCAUUGCACGAUAUUAAAACCCAUUCUUGGACUAUACAGCCUUGUAGUGGGGUUACAGGGGAAGGAUUACAAGAUGGAAUGGAAUGGCUCGCCGAUCAUGUGAAGACAUCUGGAUAGAACUGACGAUAAGAAAGAGAGAGAGAGAAAGUAAUCUAUGGAGAAUUUUUGAUAAGAUAUUUACAAAAGGAAUACACACACAUAUAUAUAUAUAUAUAUAUAUAGACAUAACAGGAAAAUCGGAUCC